CCUCCUGACAAUCAGGCCCAGAAGAAGAAUGGCCAGUAACCGGAGCAGAUCACCCAGAGGGUGGGGUAAUCCAGCCCACGUCAGAGAACCUUUCCUGAAGAUGGUCCACGCCCGUGAGAACCCCCUGACCUACCAAACGUGGGCUCAACGUGAGUUUCUUCUCCCCAGUGAGUCCUGGGAAUUGCCUGGCUUCACCAGGCAAGCCUACCACCAGCUGGCCCUGAAGCUGCCACCCUGCACAGAAAUUAAGUCCAAGGUGCGUCACCGACUCAUCUACCCUUGGAAGGAUGCUACCCAACACACCUGGGGCUUCCACACAUGGCUUGAUGUGGGGCGUUUGCCAGCCACCUUUCCCAUCAGGCCCGACAGGCCCUACGAUAGCAAUGUCUGGCGCUGGCUGACGGACUCCAGGGCCCACUGCCGCCCCCCAGCAGAGCCUCCCAUCCCGCCUCCCUCCUGGCUGGGUCAAAACAGCUUUCUGACCUUCAUCUGCUGUACUCCUAUCUUCUUGGACACGAAUAGGAAGAACCAAGUGAUUUUCAGGACGGUGAAUGAACUAAGAGAGGUGGAGAAACUCAGGCUGAGGAGUGAAGCAAGGGCACCUCUACUUGAUGCCAAUGGCGACGCCCUGCCCACAAAGAACUUCAAGAAGUACCCACACAUCUCAGCUGGUGCAAGGUUUGAACCCUGCGGCCUCCAGCUCAUGCCCAACCCACUUCCCAAUGACUUAGCCAGGAGCUGGCCCUGCCCAAACCCUCAGCCUCAUUACCAGGAGAAGGUGCUGAAGCUAGCCUUGCUGCCAGGUGUGCCCCUGAGCCAGGACCUUGUGAGAAAGUACCAAACCCUGAUAGAAGACCGGGUUGCCUUGCCCCUCCACCAUCUCUCCAAGGCACAACAUGACAAAGCCUCAGCAAGAAAGAGAACGAGAAGACCUGGACACAUCUAGAAGAGCCUCCAGAUGCAUGGGGACCACGGCGGGCACACAGACCCCCAGGCUUGUGUUGUCAACCAAUGCACCUUCAGCAAGAAGCCUUUGGGGUAGCUGAAGGACUCUGGCUUCUCUAGAACAGAGCCUCUCCACCAUCCCCCCAACCUCAAGCCACCUCUGUACCUCAGGCUCCUGGAGACUCUACUGAAACUCUAAACUGUUAUCUGUCUUCCUUGGAGGACUCUCUCAUAGCAGGUCGGAGGAUUGGUGGGGGGAUAGAGCAGGGAAAGCAGAAGGGGAUCCAGUUCCUAGUGAC